CAGUAGCACCAGCACAGAUAAAACAUGUGGAAAGUCUUUUUGUUAUUGGUAGCUGUUGCAGCUGUAGCAUCAGCUUCUGGUCCCAAAGGUGGAGCUAGAGAACCUAAGCUCUUCUUUGUAUCCUCAAGUACUUCGACGUCCAUUUCUACCACGACAUCAUUAUUAAGCACCCAGUUUACUUGCUUCGCGGUAUCGAGUACCGCGCUUGUUCUCUGCACUGGUAGAAAGAAGAGAGCUGCAUCUCUAGUUGAAGACCAAGCUCUGAGCCUAGACCUAGAAGAACCUAUCAAGGUUUCCAGAGUACAGAGAGAUUUGGACACUGACCAUGUUCAUUCAUCAAUCGAAGAUAAUGUAUCGAGUAACCGUCAAGCUAAAUUUGCUUGGUAUUAUAUGACAACUACAAUUACAAGCACUUCUACUUCUACAUCUACAUCCACCACCUUUACAGGAACCUUGAGUAUAUCACUGUUAACGUGUACUCCAUCUAGCUUUGUUGCUUGUGGCAAAAAAUAAGUCCUAGCUUAUCCUAUCCUAUACCAGAUACAGGCGGUCUCCCUCAACCCCUGAUUAGAUCAAGGAUUCUCUCCACCAUUUAAUGCACAUUCUAUAUAUGUAUCUAGAUAGUAGAUACAGAUACAGUAUAACGGAUCCUUUUCCAUCUAUUUUCGUUGCAUUUGAUUUCUUGAAAUAUGACGAAUUAAGAGAAGACAUUUCAAACCAUUUUAUUUUCAUUCAAAUCUAUAACGCUGAUUCUAAGCAAAGUAAUUUCUAUUGUUGGUUUUCAGAUAAUUUUAAAGUUUUGAAAUGUAUUAUUUCUAUUUUAAAAAUUGAAAAAUAUAAAUUUUUAAAUAAUGUUGAUUAAUAUAUAUUGUGUAAUAUUCCGAGAAAACUAUGUGAUUUUUUGUUUGAAUAAAUUGUAAAUGCUA